AUGAGCAUCACAGACGUCCUCAGUGCUGAUGACAUUGCAGCAGCCUUGCAGGAGUGCCAAGACCCAGAUACUUUUGAACCCCAAAAAUUCUUCCAGACAUCGGGCCUCUCCAAGAUGUCGGCUAGUCAGGUGAAGGACGUUUUUCGGUUCAUAGACAACGACCAGAGCGGAUACCUGGAUGAAGAGGAGCUUAAGUUUUUCCUCCAGAAGUUUGAGAGUGGUGCUAGAGAACUGACUGAGUCAGAAACCAAGUCCUUGAUGGCGGCUGCAGAUAAUGAUGGCGACGGAAAAAUUGGGGCUGAUGAAUUCCAGGAAAUGGUGCAUUCUUAAAGACCCCAGACUAUGGAGAUAGAGAGAAUCAGCUGGAAGGCCUCCCAAACCCCAGGAAUGGGAAACCCCAUUCUCUCCCCCUAAUUUAUUUAUUAAUUUCCCCUGCAAUGCUUCUGCAGUUGGCU